ACUCACCACCACCACCACCACCACCACCGCCUACCCGCAACCCUCUGCGUCCGGCCCUGCCCGUCCUUUCCUCCCUCUUCUACGACCCAUUGCCUUGCUUCCAUCUACUCAAGAUACUCGGCUGGGGCACACAAUGGCUCUGAACCUGUCCCUUCGGCGCCAGGCGCGGGCACUGGCGGGCUCGACGUGGGCGGCGAGCGCUGCGCGAGGCCCGUCGCAGCGCCGGCGCUUUGCCUCGAACCUGGCCGCCGGCGCCCAGCAGACCAUCCAGCGCGAUGCCGCCCUGCCCAACCCAGACCCCAGGGACGACUCGCCCAGCGCGGCGCUCAUCGCGGAGCACAGCCCCUACAUGGUGGCCACGUACGCGCGCCCGCCGCCCGUGUUCGUGCAGGGCGAGGGCUCGUGGCUCUGGGACGUGGAGAACCGCCGCUUCCUCGACUUCACGGCGGGCAUCGCGGUGACGGCGCUGGGCCACUGCGACGCCGAGUUCGCCCGCAUCGUCGCCGACCAGGCGGCCACGCUCGUCCACGCCUCCAACCUCUACUACAACCCCUGGACGGGCGCCUUGUCCAAGCUGCUCGUCGAAAAGACGCGCGAGCUCGGCGGCAUGCACGACGCCGAUGCCGUCUUCGUCUGCAACUCGGGCUCCGAGGCCAACGAGGCCGCCAUCAAGUUCGCCCGCAAGGUCGGCAAGGUGCUCGACCCCUCGGGCGGCAAGACCGACGUCGUCUCCUUUGACGGCGCCUUCCACGGCCGCACCAUGGGCGCCCUCUCGGCCACGCACAAUCCCAAGUACCAGAAGCCCUUUUCGCCCAUGGUGUCGGGCUUCCGCCUCGGCCGCUACAACGACGUGGCCGCCAUCAACGACGCCGUCACCGAGUCGACGUGCGGCGUCAUCGUCGAGCCCAUCCAGGGCGAGGGCGGCGUGCGGGCUGCCACCCCCGAGUUCCUCGUCGCCCUGGCCCGCCGCUGCCGCGAGGUCGGCGCCGUCCUCAUCUACGACGAGAUCCAGUGCGGCCUGGCCCGCACCGGCCACUUCUGGGCGCACUCGGGCCUGCCUCGCGAGGCGCACCCGGACAUCUUCACCUCGGCCAAGGCUCUCGGUAAUGGCUUCCCCAUCGGCGCCGUCGUCGUCAACGCCCACGUCAGCGACAAGAUCAAGGUCGGCGACCAUGGCACUACCUUUGGCGGCAACCCCAUGGCUUGCCGUCUCGGCCACUACAUGGUCGGCCGCCUCGCGGACCCGCAGCUGGCCCGCGACGUUGCCACCAAGGGAGACUUGUUCCGGAGCCGCUUCGCUGCCCUGAGCGACCGCUUCCCCGGCCUCGUCUCCGAGGUCCGCGGCCGCGGGCUCAUCCUCGGCCUGCAACUGACCGAGGACCCGGCUCCCAUCGUAAAGGCCGCCCGCGAGAGGGGGCUGCUCGUCAUCACGGCCGGCACCAACACCCUGCGCUUCGUUCCCAGCCUGCUCGUCUCCGAGGACGAGAUCAACCAGGGCGUCGACAUCCUGGAGGAGGCUAUCGCAGCGACGCGGCCAUAGACGGGGGCAUCAUCCUCUUGGACAGAAGGGUGGUUCAUGAUCUGUCGGCUUCUUUCUGGUUCUAGUGCUCGUUUUGCGUUUGACUGAGGCGUUUAUACAGUUUGCCCAAACGGCGAAGGCUGUCUGCGGAAGAAGGCAGACAGACUAGUUGGAAAAACCAUGCCGCGUACAUAGAUGAGAACAAUUUGCGCAAAAAGCGUUGAGACAUGGCCGAGUCGCCUCCGGGGCGUGCGCAUGGUCUCCAGAUGUGAGGUUCCUCACUGAUAGAUCCCCCGUCCCCCCUCCCUCGGCAUACCCUCGUCGGGACCAUCGUCCCAGGGGGUGCCACCUCUGAAGAGGCUCGGGCCUGGUCUUGACUUUGCAUGUACUAAGCAUUGUCGGGCCGGCCUAGAGACCCUUAGGGCGGCCGGCGCGCCAUGGACGAUGCGUACACGAUAGAGUUGUCCCGCCAGCAAACGCUAUAUGGGUACGCGAACAAACACACACACCGC